AUGGAGCCUGCUGCCGGAGACAUCGCCGAAGAUAUUGCCGGAAACAGAGACAGAAACAGAGAGUCACACGUCAUACCAGUGACCACCAAAAAUUUGAUAGCUCAAAGUCUGCUACAAUCGAGCCAUUUAGGUAAUGUGCCAUAUGGAGCUUUUCAGAAGGCAGUAAAGGAGUUUGGAGUGAGCCGGAAGACAGUCUAUAAGAUCUGGUCAGAGGCCAAAAAACAGAUCCACAGUGGAGUACCUGUCAACAUAGCAAACCGUGUUAAAGGCUUCAAGCGCAAAGAUCAAAUUCAGCUUGAUACUAGCAAGGUAAGAUCUCUUUCAAUCCUUGAAAGAUGUACUAUCCGUAAGAUGGUUGUGAAGCUUGAGUUAAGCAAGACUACCGUAGGCAGAAUGGUGAAAGAUGUGGUGUUCAAUGGUAUGCUCAAAUAUCACACAAUGCACAAUGUAGUGCACAUUGAUGAGAAGUGGUUUUUCAUGACUAAGGCUACGGAUAGGUACUACCUGCUGCCAGAUGAGGAAGAGCCAUAUAGAGCUAUUAAGUCAAAGCGGUUCAUCACAAAGGUCAUGUUUAUGUGUGCUGUGUGUAGACCAUACAUUGCAGAAAAUGGAGAAGUCAUAUUUGAUGGAAAAAUAGACAUUUUCCAUUCACUACUAAAGAGCCAGCAAAGAGAGGUUCCAAGAACAAACCAAGAGGCACCUUAG